AUGUGGGACUAUUACAAUGAUAAGACCAUCUUCAUUACAGGAGGAACUGGCUUUCUUGGGACUGCGAUUGUAUAUCGCUUGCUCACACAAACAUCCGUGUGUCGCGUAUAUAUGCUGUGUAGAGGAGGUAUAGGAAAACUUCGAUUAAAAUGGACAGAAUCGCUAUCACUGGCAACAGUCGAAAAACUUCUUAGCACCAAUCGCAUCACAGCCAUAAAUGGUGACAUCCUCUCACCCGACCUAGGGCUUUCUCAGGACGAACUAAGCACACUUCGACAAGAGGUCAAUGUUAUCAUUCACUCAGCUUCCUCUAUAAAUCUCGGGAAGCCCCUCGGUGCACUAUCAGAUGUGAUUAUCAGAGCCAGUGAAAGGAUGGUAGACAUUGCUCUGACUUGCCCAAGUUUGGAUCGCUUUGUUUAUAUCUCAACGGCAUACUGCAAUUCUCACCUAUUUCCCACUAACGAAGACAUCGAAGUCGAGAUCAAAGAAGACAUUUAUGAUCCCAGCCAUCAUUCAAACGUCAUGAAAGAGUGGGCACAAGUGAAAGAGAGUGGCUCUAGCGAUGCGUAUGAAGCACACGACUUCCCAUGGUCCUACGGAUAUGCAAAGAACUUGACAGAGCGAAUCCUCCUCCAUCGGUUCACUCAAAGCGAUGUCAAGGACAAGCUGCUGAUUAUGCGCCCUUCUGUCAUCGGACCGGCCCAAAGCUUCCCGGAUUUUAAAUACAACGUGCCACUAUCAAGCCCAUUGACAAAAAUUGCUGCUAUAAUUGCACUGAGCCCUGCUGGCAUGGUUACUGCUGCAAUAAAAGCAGUAGAAAAAAGCUCUCAAGUAUUUAUUGAUGAGGUUCCUGUCGACGUGGUUGUCGAUCGUUUGCUCGCCCAUUUGGCUGUGGGAACCAAUGGUUGUGUGCAUGCAGUCAGUGGGCAGCGAGAACGGCAUAAAUUCAUCAAGUGGUGGGAGUCUGUGGCUUCGAUACGUCGGUUGCCUGGGAAGUUUGAUUUGAAUUGGAAAGAGCUGGACUGGAAGUCCUACGAGCAGCAUCCCCUGCCUCGGUUCUAUGUAAUCUUUGGCACUUCUUUCGGAUUUCGUGAGGAUAAGACUGUCGCUCUUAGCCGGCAUCCCUUGGUGGAAAGCUGUAAAGAGUUGCAGCUGUUCACAAACGUCAAUCUUGGAGGACAGUUGCUAAGUCGAACGGAAGAUGUGUAUUCCAUGAUGAACCACAUUGCGAAGAAUGAUGCACCUGCACGAGCAAUCAUCGAAUUAUACUAUCAAGAUGUUAUAAAGGCAAAAUUAUAG